UUUCCACUACCAUCCAUGCUUGAUGCUCAUAUAAAGUAUGGUGGGAUGGGGACAAUGUUGGUAAUCAAGGUUUCGGCUGAAUCUGCUAACCAAUUUGGCGAGUUGGUGGCUGAUCCAGAAACUCACGAGUUGCUGCAUUAUACUGAGAAACCCGAGACAUUUGUCAGUGAUUUGAUAAAUUGCGGUGUAUACAUUUUCACACCUGAUAUUUUUACCGCCAUUGAAGAUGUUUCUGUGAACCGAGAAGGAAGAGCUAAUAUACGCCGUCUUUCCAGCUUUGAAGCUCUCCAAUCUGCAACGAGGUUGAUUAAAUGCCACUUUUUUAAAAAUUUCCUUAGACGUGCAUGA